AUGAGUAACAGUGAUCUGUAUGAUUCGAUGAAGAAGUUUUUCGCCGUUGAAGAAGCUGUGGUUACGAAACACCUUGAGUCCGACGAAGAUCAACGAGCACGCAGCAUUUUGGAGGCAAGUACAGUUCGCCGAGGAACUAGAAUCGAGUCUGGUUUGUUGUGGCGCAAGGACAAUAUCCACUUUCCGGAGAGCUACAAGAUGGCGAUGAACAGACUCCUGGGAUUGGAGAAGCGUCUGUCCAGAGAUACGGAACUACGACGAAGAGUGAACGAGCAGAUCAACGGCUACGAGCAAAAGCAGUAUAUCAGUAAGGCUUCACAGGAAGAGGUCGGCAGUCUGGAUACUCGACGUGUCUGGUAUCUACCGCUUGGAGUGGUUAUAAAUCCCAAGAAGCCUGGCAAAAUUCGGAUGGUAUGGGAUGCGGCCGCGAAAGCCCAUGGAGUCUGCUUCAACGAUAUGCUACUGAAGGGUCCAGAUCUCCUUGUCUCGCUAGUGGACGUUUUAAUCCUAAUUCGCGAUGAAGACAGAUGGUCGCAGUGCUUUCUUUGGAGAAGUAAUCCGGAAGAAGAAAUACAAGUCUACGUGAUUAACGUGGCGAUGUUCGGUGCUACCAGCUCUCCAUGUACAGCGCAGUUCGUGAAGAACUGGAAUGCUUCCAACUACAGUGAACAGUAUCCCAGGGCAGUAGAAGCAGUGACCAAGAACCACUAUGUUGAUGACUUCCUUGACAGCGUCAACUCGGUGGAAGAAGCAGUACAGCUGGUUCAUCAAGUGAAAGAUAUCCACGCAGCAGCGGGUUUCCAGUUUGGGAAGAUACUGUCCAACGAGAAGGCAGUGCUAGACCGACUAGGAGAGACGACUACAGCUAUCAGUAAACCACUGCCAGUAGACAAAGACCGAAUAUGCGAACGUGUUCUGGGCGUCACAUGGAUUCCGUCGGAAGACGCAUUCACAUUCAAUCACCAGGGAUUGGAGGAAGUGUUAGGCACCGAUUGGGCGGAACCGACGAAGCGCCAAGUCCUGCGUAUCGUGAUGAAACUCUACGACCCCUUAGGAGUCAUCGCACACUUCGUCGUCCAAGGGAAGAUCCUGAUGCAGGAGAUUUGGCGAACAGGCACUAACUGGGACGAGCCUAUUGCGGAGCAGCCACGUGAGCUUUGGAUAAGGUGGAUCGAACAGUAUCGGCAGAUCAACGAAGUGAACGUUCCUCGCUGUUUCUUCAAGGAUUUCUGUCCGCAGCAGGUCAGCGAUAUCCAGGUCCAUGUGUUCACAGAUGCGAGCGUGUCAGCCUGUGCGUGCGUUGCCUACCUCAGAACCACAGUGAACGGAGAGAGUCAGUGUUCGUUGAUUGCAGCGAAGACAAAAGUUGCGCCUCUUCGAACGCUAUCCAUUCCACGUUUGGAGCUUCAGGCUGCCAUGAUGGGUUCCCGUCUACUGCAGAAUAUCUGCUCAGCUCUUACCAUCAAUAUCCAAAGACGUUUCCUGUGGUCAGAUUCAGCGACAGUUCUUGCCUGGCUUCGCUCCGAUAGUCGUCGGUAUCAUCAGUUCGUGUCCUUCCGUGUUGGCGAAAUCCUGUCGUUGACCAGUGUGGAUGAGUGGCGCUACGUUCCUUCUCGCGAAAAUGUUGCGGACGAUGCCACGAAAUGGAAUGGGGGGCCUUCAUUCGAUCCGGAUUGCCGUUGGUAUCAGGGCCCACUAUUUCUGCAAGAUCCGGAAAGUCAGUGGCCUACGGAACGGCCAGGAGAUACAGCGGAAGCAGAUGUGACGACUGAAGAAAUUCGCCUCGUUGCCACACACCGUACAGUAGUGGAAGUGAUAGAUAUUCAACGAUUUUCCAAUUGGAACAGACUGCUACGUGCGACAGCUUAUGUUCACCGAGCUGUAGCGGUAUGGAAGCAUUCAACGAGCGGGACAAGAUCGCUUAAGGUACUCAGCCAGAGUGAAUUCGCGAAAGCAGAAGAAACACUUUGGCGACAGGCGCAAGCACAGGCGUAUCCGGAAGAAGUUCAGCUGUUGGAAGAAGGACAAAGUUUGUCAAAAGGCAGUUCAAUUCGUGCGCUGUCUCCAUUCCUGGACGAAAAAGGAGUUCUACGGGUUGGCGGCAGAAUCGAACAAGCUCCAUCGAUUUCAUACGAAGCGAAGCAUCCAGUCGUGUUGCCGAGAAGUCAUCGGAUUACAUAUCUCGUUGUGCUCAGCUUCCAACGGCAGUUCCUGCACGCGAACACCGAGACAGUGUGCAACGAGUUGAGACAACGAUUCUACAUUCCGAGGAUGCGAACAGUAGUGCGGAGCGUAUGUCGUAGCUGUCAGUACUGCAAGAUUAAGAAAGCAGCUCCAGUUCCACCGAUGAUGGGACCGCUCCCGAAAGUUCGUCUGACUCCCUUCAUCCGUCCGUUUACGUACGUUGGAGUGGACUACCUCGGUCACUUCGAAGUGAAAGUCGGUCGCAGUUUAGUGAAGCGGUGGAUAUGUCUGUUCACGUGCCUCACAGUUCGCGCCGUUCAUCUGGAGCUAGCACACAGUCUGUCAACGAAGUCUUGCGUAAUGGCGUUCAGGCGUUUCGUGAAUCGACGAGGAGCUCCGCUGGAAGUAUUCUCGGACAACGGUACUAAUUUCGUGGGAGCCAGCCGUCAGUUAUCAGAGGAGAUCCAGAUGAUUAAGGCCAUCAACGAGGAUUGUGCAGCUACCGCCGCACAUGGGAGGCCCAUGGGAGCGGAUGGUCAAGUCCGUAAAAGUGGCAAUGGCAGCAAUAUCCGACAGUCCGCAUCAUCCGAGUGA